CAUAAUAAUGAUAAUGCAAAAAAUAAAACUCAACAGAAUCAGAAGCAACAGCAACAGCAACAAAAACAACAAUCCGAACCUAAAUGGGAAAUAGCAUUACAACGACAAAUUGUUCAACAAUCGAAUAUAAUCGAUUGUGCAACAUUAUUUCUUUAUCUAAUGUCAUUAUAUAGUGUUUAUAAUGAAAAUUAUACACUAUCCUCGACAACAACAAUAUCGAUGAUUUUUAUGAUUGUAAUCAAAUUAUAUCUAAUACUGUUUGAUCCGAUCAUAAUAUGGUGGAAUAUUUUCCAGUUAAUCAUACCAAUUAUUAUUAUAAUUGUUUCAUUAAUAUAUCUAAUUCAAUUGGAUUAUCUAAUCAAAUAUUAUGAAACAUUAUUUCCCACAACAACAACACCGAUACCAACUACAAUGACAACAUCUUCAUCAUCAACCGAUACAAUCUAUUCAGAUCAGGAACGUCGUCUUCAUCAAUUAGCCAUUACAAAUCGUAAUAAUAAUAGAGAAUUGAUUACAUCUACAUCAAGACCGAAUGAUUUACCACCAACAUAUCAAGAAGCACUUGAUUGUCCAUUUCCUAAAUAUUAUUCUGAUGAAAUAAAAGUUUCAAUGAAUAAUGAAAAUGAUAAUGAUGAUAAUGAUAGAAAUUCACAUUUAAUUACGAAUGAAAAAAUUAAUGAAGCUUGAUUAUUAUAUCAAAUAUUUUUUUUUUUGUUUUGUUUCUAUUCAAUGUUAUUUUCCAAACUAGUCAUCGUCAUCAUCAUCGUCGUCGUUAUUGCCAUAAUCAAAAUAUAUCAAUAUUACGAUUACGAUAUCCAAAAAACCUAAUCUCAUGUGAUCUCCUUGACAGGCUAACUGACUGUACAUACACAUUUACAUAAAAAACUGUUUGACAAUUUGUUGAUAAAGAUUUGUUUCUUAUUUUUUUUAAUUUGUUAUUCAUUCAGAAUGCUUUCUUUCAUACUUUGUAGUUUAAUUAUUAUCUAUAAAAGACUUUUAUGAAUUUGAUUUAAUUCAUAAUAAAAAGAGACUUUUUCUAUUUUGCAUCGUUGUUUUUUUUAAGGUUUUAAACUUUAAUCAAAAAAUAUGUCGAUUUCAUCGAAACGAAUUCUUGCCGUGCCGGUAUUGGGCGUUGGUCAUGUAAAUGCUUGUGCCGGCGUUUCUUUACCAUUAUUAAAACGUGGUCAUCGUGUUGUAUUUUUUCUGGAAAAACAAUUUGCCGGUAAAAUUUCGGAACUUGGAUUCGAAGAAAUUGUCUACGAAAUUGAUUAUGAACCCGAUGAUACGGCUGGAACGAACAAUAAAACACCUGGUGAACAAACGGCUCAUUUUCUUCUGACAAAAGGCGUACUUGGCAAUAAAAAUCGAUUAUCACAGAUUGAAAGACUAGCCGAUAUACCGUGGGAUUCGGAUAGUAAAAGAAUUCAGAUUGAUCGUCAUCUACGCAAUGCUAUACAAACAUUCAAACCAGAUUUGUUUAUCGUCGAUAAUCAUAAACUUCAACCGGCUAUUUUUUAUUCGGGUAAACCUUGGAUUAAUGUGAUUAGCAUUGUCCCAUUAUUGUAUCUAAAUGAUAUUGAGAGCUUGCCACCAGCAUGGUCAGGGUUAUCCACUGAUUCUGAUCGAAAACAAUGGCCUAAAUAUCGAGAAGUUCUAAAUCAUAUUUUUUAUGAUAAAAAAUUGAAUGAUCUUAUCGAAAAAAUGGGUUAUAAACGAUAUCCGAAUGAUUUUUUAAUGCCAAAAACUGAAUCACUUACAAUUUAUUCAUUUCCCGAAGAAUAUGAUUAUCCUGAGAUCAAACAAUGCCAUCCUGAUUGGUUUAACAUUGAAGUAUUUAACAAAAUUAAAAAACAUGAUAACAUUGAUAUUAAAGAAUUGGUACCAAAAGAAUUCUAUGAUGAUGAUCUGGAUGGAUAUUUUACUGGUAAAUGGAUCUAUGUAUCGAUGGGUUCAAUGGGUUCAGUAGAUCUAGACCUGAUGCAUCGAUUGAUUGAUGCAUUAUCAAAAACUAACCAUAAAUACAUUGUAUCUAAAGGGCCACGUCAUGAAGAAUAUGAAUUGAAACGUAACCUUUGGGGUGAUCGUUAUCUGCCACAAAUGAAAAUCUUAACCGUAGUUGAUUUGGUAAUUACACAUGGUGGUAAUAAUACAGUAACGGAAACAUUUGCCUACGGUAAACCAAUGAUCGUAAUGCCAAUGUUUGUUGAUCAACAUGAUAAUGCACAACGAUUAUCGGAAAAAAAGUUGGCCAUUAAAAUCGAUCCAUAUGAUUUUAAUGAUGAACAAUUAAUCAAAGCAAUCGAUCAAAUUCUCAAUGAUGAACAAUUGAAACGCCGUCUUUUGAGUGCAUCAAAUCGUAUACAAAAUUCGCCUAGGCAUGAACAGUUAUGUGAUAAAAUUGAGGAAAUUUUAUCGAAAAGUUGAUGAUGACAAAAAAAAUGUCCCAAAAAAGUUUAAGUUCACAUACUCA